CAGUACGGCUACUAGCCAAUUCUAAUGACAAUGGCUCGCUUCUUAUUUAUUGCAGGCAUUUUGGUGAUCGCUUGGUCGGAUUCUUCGACCAGUUCAGCCAUAUCAGUGGAGGAACAAGUGCGUCAGCUGAGAGAAAACUAUAUUCAAUUCAAGUAUUCCGCGGAAGCAAAAGACCAACAGAAUACCGAAAUCAGGGAAAUGUUAAUAACAAAAGUGGAUGCACUCGAAACAAAAGUUAUGCGUCUCGAGGCUCAAUUAGAGCAACAAAAUUCACUUCUUACAUCCCUACAAUCUAACGGUCAAACCCAUUACAAUUUGGUUUCAAACAAAACUCCCAGUCAGUCGACUUCAAAAAGUGCCAUCGGAAGAACCUGCCGAGAAGUUCGUGCGGCCGAUCCAGCGCUGGCUUCCGGCAUGUACUGGAUCGAUCCUGACGGUCAGGGUGUUGGAGAUGAUCCCAUCAACGUUUAUUGUAACAUGACAUCAGGUUCGACAUCCGUUUUACAUGACAGUGAAAUGGAGAUGGAUGUUGGGAAAUGCGCUGAUCCCGGAUGUUACUCGAGAGCAAUCAAUUAUCAAGCUACCACAAGGCAAAUGAUAGCCUUAUCUGAGCUGUCUAAUGAAUGCCACCAGUCCAUUAAAUACGAUUGCACCGCUGCCCCAUUUGAGAUCAACAACGUAGCCUAUGCAUGGUGGAAUGACAGAAUAGGAAAUCCGAAAUAUUUUUGGUCGGGCAGCAACAGCAGCAUCCACAUCUGUCAGUGCGGAAUCGAUCAAAAUUGCGUUGAAAGUUUUAUGCCGUGCAACUGCGAUUCCAGUCUACCAGCACCAUUUGUCGACAGCGGGAUAAUAACCGACAAGAGUGUUUUGCCAAUAACGCGUCUAAACUUUGGCAGAACGAUUUUGGAAUAUUCUUCCGGAGUACACACACUCGGCAGAUUCGAAUGUUCGGGACAAGUAGUAGUCGAAGGAAUGGCUUCUUCUUGUGAAGAUUUAUGGCGUAUAGGACAUACCUUGAGUGGCUUGUACUCCGUCAUGGGAGUUGCGAAAGUCGAAAAUAUUUACUGUGAUUUUACAAAGCUCCCUAACGAUGCAGGUUUCGAGAAGUGGAUUGGGUAUGCUGAUGUUAAAUCACUGCCCGUUUAUUUCUAUGUUCAGAGAAACAAUAGUUUUCCGAACGUAACAAAUAUUCCGCUCACCUUCGAUACUGCAAAACUCAACGUUGGAGACGCAAUGGAUUUAUCAACAGGAAUUUUUACCGCACCUCGAACAGGAAUUUAUUUUUUCUCCUUUACCGGGAUAGUGGUGUUUCCAACAUCGUCCUCUAUUAUACAAGGCCUUCGCGUAGGCUUGUAUUUGAAUGGUAAUCAAAUUGGAGUAGGCGAAGCCGAAGAUGCAAACACUAUAAAUGGUCAAAAUGAUGAAUUGUCUCUUCAAUCCACACUUAAUUUACAAGCAGGAGAUCAAAUCUGUGUUCAGAUUGAGCAAAUCCAAGGAGCAGGGGCAUUUCUCUUUGACUACCCUUAUCAUUUUACUCAUUUUAAUGGUUUGCUUUUAGAGGAAGAUUUGAAUUUAUUACUACAGUAGUAUUUACCGAUAACAGAAACAAUGUUUGGCUGGUCACCUAUCACGUCACCUAUUUCAAGCUGUAUUAGUUUUCCUUUCUCCCG